AUUGUUCUUCUUGCCUGCCUGGAAGUCUAAACUGUGUUAAGGAGUUUACUGCUGAAGCUGCUACAGCAACCAAUGUCUUUGUAUUUUCCUGCUAACGAAUACGGGGUGCUUUGCAUUCAGGAAUACCGAAAAAACAGCAAAGUGGAGUCAAGUACACAUAACAGCUUCAUGGGCUUGAAGGAUCACCUGGGGCAUGAUCUCGGCCACCUUUACGUGGAGAGCACUGACCCACAGUUAAGUGCAGCUGUACCUUGGUCAACGGGAGAAAAACCAACUAUGGAUACAGUUAAUGCUGGGAAGGACGAAAAGCAGUUGUCUGAAGAGAAUGCGAGCUCUGGUGACUCUGAGGAAAGCACAAAUUCUGAUCAUGAGUCGGAACAAUUGAGUAGCAUUUCAGUAGAUCCAUGCCUGUUAACCAAGACUCACAGACAACUGUGUCGGUCUCCCUGUUUGGAGCCUCACAUACUCAAGCGCAAUGAGAUCUUGCAAGACUUUAAACCUGAAGAGUCCCAGACUACAACCAAGGAAGUGAAGAAACCCCCUGAUGUGGUGCGAGAAUACCAAACGAAACUGGAGUUUGCACUUAAAUUAGGCUAUUCUGAAGAACAGGUUCAGCUUGUGCUAAACAAACUCGGUACUGAUGCUUUAAUCAAUGAUAUUUUGGGAGAACUUGUCAAACUUGGAAAUAAAAGUGAGGCUGAUCAAACAGUUAGUACAAUUAACAAUAUAAUGCGGGAAACAUCUUCCCUGGAAUCUCAGAGGUCCGAAUCUCCAAUGCAAGAGAUUGUAACAGAUGAUGGUGAAAAUCUGAGACCAGUAGUUAUCGAUGGCAGCAAUGUGGCAAUGAGCCAUGGAAACAAAGAAGUAUUUUCCUGCCGAGGAAUAAAAUUGGCCGUGGAUUGGUUUUUGGAAAGAGGUCACAAAGAUGUUACCGUUUUUGUUCCUGCUUGGAGAAAAGAGCAAUCCCGGCCUGACGCUCUCAUCACAGAUCAGGAGAUUUUACGCAAGUUGGAGAAGGAGAAGAUCCUGGUGUUCACGCCUUCUCGGCGGGUCCAGGGGCGGCGAGUGGUGUGCUACGAUGACAGGUUCAUCGUGAAGCUGGCUUUUGAGUCGGACGGUAUCAUCGUGUCCAAUGAUAACUACAGGGAUUUGGCUAAUGAAAAACCAGAAUGGAAGAAGUUCAUAGAUGAGCGGUUACUGAUGUAUUCAUUUGUCAAUGACAAGUUCAUGCCCCCUGAUGACCCUCUCGGCAGACAUGGCCCCAGUCUGGAUAAUUUUCUGAGGAAGAAACCUAUUGUUCCUGAACACAAGAAGCAACCUUGUCCAUAUGGAAAGAAGUGCACCUACGGACACAAGUGCAAAUACUACCACCCCGAGCGGGGCAGUCAGCCACAGCGGUCCGUGGCCGAUGAGCUUCGCGCCAUGUCUCGAAACACGGCUGCCAAAACUGCCAGCGAAGGGGGGCUGGUGAAAAGCAACAGCGUUCCCUGCAGCACGAAGGCCGACAGCACUUCGGACGUCAAGCGCGGCGCUCCCAAGAGGCAGUCGGACCCGAGCAUCAGGACUCAGGCCUACCAGGACCUAGAAGAAAAGCUUCCCACCAAAAACAAGCUGGAGACCAGGUCGGUGCCCUCCUUGGUCAGCAUCCCGGCGACUCCCGCCGCCAAGCCCCAAAGCACGCCGUCGCUAAGCAACGGCCUCCCCUCCGGAGUCCACUUCCCACCUCCGGACCAAAGACCGCAGGGACAGUAUCCUCCGCUGCUGAUGGCCACCAAAAACCACGGAUCGCCGCUGCCUUACGACCAGUACCCCAAGUGCGACUCGCCUGUGGACAUCGGGUACUACUCCCUGGUGAGCACGUACUCGAGCCUGAGCAUCUCCGGCCCGCGAAGCCCCGAGAGGCGCUUCUCCCUGGACACCGACUACAGAGUCAGCUCCGUGGCUUCCGACUGCAGCAGCGAAGGCAGCGUGAGCUGCGGCAGCAGCGACUCGUACGUGGGCUACAGCGACCGCUCCUACGUCAGCUCCCCCGACCCGCAGCUGGACGAGGCCCUCCGGGCCCUGGGGGCCACGCGCCCAGACAGCGUUUCCGACUCGCGCCUCUACGACCGCUCCCCUUCCAGGCCGCGGAAGCCGCACUCGCGCCAGGACGGGCGGGGCGGCUGGGACCGGCCGAGCUACGGGCUGGACGCCUACGGCUACCGGCAGACCUACUCCUUGCCGGACAGCGCCGCGCAGCCGUGCUACGAGCCGUUCACCUUCCAGAGCCUGCCCGAGCGGCCGGAGCCCGCCUGGCGCGUGCCCUACUGCGGCGUGCCGCCGGACCCCCCGCGGUACCCCGACAGCCGCGAGAAAAUUUACGUCAACCUGUGCAACAUCUUCCCGCCUGAGCUCGUGAGGCUCGUCAUGAAGAGGAACCCUCACCUGACGGACGCCCAGCAGCUGGCCGCGGCGAUCCUCGUGGAGAAAUCGCAGCUGGGUUAUUGAAAGAUGAUGCAUCUUCGUGGUGUUUAGUCGUCUUUUGUUCAGCUCAAAUGCUGAGGGAGGUUUGCUACAAUAGCACAUGUGAUCUCCUUCCAGCAAGGAGGUUAUAUAGUAUCCAUUUAUGUGAGCGACUGUAUCAUGGAACCUGUAUGUGUAGCCCCACCUGGUGGAAGUAUCACGGCAUUGCUUUACAUGGAAACCUCUUUUUAAACAUUUCCUUUUCAAAGCUAUCUCCUUGGCUGGAAAUUUUUCCAGUUUGAUUUCAUAGAUGUAUCUGUGAUCUUUGAUAUGAAUCUUUGGUGCAUCAGGGGUUUAUACGCAGCACUUUUUAUCCUUGUUUCAUGUUUUAUUAACUUGGUGUUUGUCUAUCAACCGCAAGCAAUGGCAACACCUUCAGAAUGUGGAGCAUUUGACUAGACCUAGCAAACUAUUUUUUCAAGCCAAGCUUAAUUAGACUCUUUUACAGCUUUUUAAGUUAUUUUUAUUUGGGGGAAGUGGGCUUCUUUGUGCUAUAAUCAUUAUUUAUAGAAACAAAGAUAAACUACCGCACUGACUUUAUAUUUUACACAGAAUAUAAGUUACCGGUUUAUGUUGAAAUGGGUAACAGUAUAUAUUAGGAUGAUUUGCAGUAUGGCACUUUUCAUUGUGUUGUUUUUGUUUGGAUUUUUUCUGUUAAGAAAUUAGUUAAUUUAAUGUGGUCGAUUUAAAAGAAAGCAGAUGCAAUCAAUGGAAAAAAAUUGUUUCCAUCUUUUUUUUUUUUUUUUUUUUUUUUUUUUUUAAUGACUAAGGCAGAAGCCGUAACUGUUACAGGUUGGAGCUUUGUUAUCCAGCUAUGAUGUGCUUUCUAGACAGUAGAAACGAAAUUGAAUUCCUGGGUUUUCAUCAACCUGUAUUUUUAAUAUGUCUGUCUUUUUGUUUGGGGGCACAACCCUACUGGAUAAAAUAACCCUUUCACAGUACUUGCCUGUUUUUAAUGAAUCUAAUUAUUCUCAAUGCAACUUUUAUAUUGAAUAUAGUCUUUAGCUUUCCUGCUAUUUAUCGAGGCUGGCCUGAGGUGGUUCUAUGUGUUGAGGAUAUGCAACGCUUAUUGAUACUGCACUAUAGAAAUGGUGAUGGAGGAGCUGUAAAGGGUAACUUUAAACUUUUUGUAAGAUAUUGUAUAUUUUCCAUUUUCCUGAAGGUAGUUUUUUUGGGGGGCCUGUUAUAUUAUUAAGGCCAGAUUCUUGCCACAAAUAGUGUAGUUUUAGAUACAGACUGAAGUCUGUUCUAGUAUUAGUAAGGGAUAUUUCUGGUUUAAAAGUCAUGGGUUUUGCUAGCUGCGAAUAUUUUUCUGUGGAUUAGAAGAGAGAUCUUGCAGUCAGUGGCAGACAGUUGUCUGACCGACAUCGUUCAACUGUUGCCUCCAGAUUGUGAAUUUUACUUAGUGUAACAGAUGCAUUCAGAUCUGUUUUGUAGUCUGCCUAGAUGUCCUGGUUAUUCUGAGGAUUCUACAUGCUGCAGUUUGAAGUAAAGCCCUGAAAAACCAGAAAGUACCUUUUACUGUUGAUACAAAUUGUAUCUUUUUAACUAUAAGAACUAUUUUGAUUUGUAGAUCUAGUUAAAACACAAGUAACUAUGAUUAGACUUUUGGGCAACAUUUUAUCCCUUAUUUAAAUACAAAUUUUUAAAGUAAAAUUGAGCUCUAGAAUAGGUUAGAAAAUAAAAGUAACAACUUAGGUAAAUAAAAAGUGUCUGUCUUAGUUUUAUAUAACAUAGUAAAACAUAUUAAAUAAAUUUAUUGGCAUUUCCUUUCUCCUAAAACUUAUCUAGUGUGAACCUAACUUAAAAUAAAGGUAAAAUGCUGCCUGAAAA